GAUGUGGUUCAAGGGAUGAAAGGUCGGGGGAUCAAUCAGUCAGACUUAAAUAAAACACCCCACAUCCCCUGCCCUGAGUAGUCGAGGGGUGAAAGGUUGAUGAAGGACUUUGGAGAUCGGGGAUGGGAAUAAGACCAGGAUUCGAGAGUCGAGCCUCUGAGUACAUCACUCUGUGUGUUAGAGCCCUGUGGUUCCUGUAUUUGAUUGAAAUAGAGAUGAAAGGAUUUGAAAAUACAGUCAAAGAGGAGUGAACAGUGAAGAUGUGCUUCAGCACUUGAUGUGCAGAAACAGGAUGAGGUCUUUCUUCCUGAACUUAGUCAUAAAACUUUAUUUGAAGCAACAUCUAAUUAUAAAUACCAUCAGAAUAAAACAACUUUAUUUUUGGACACCGAGGCGUGUUAUCUUUGUCAAAAUGUCACUUUUUUCUUUUUCUUUUUUUUUAGUCGUGUCCACAGUGAAACCUGAUGUAAUGCUCUCCGGUGUCUUGCAUGACAUUCUUAAGAAAUUUAACACCUUUUGUUUUGCCUUACCUCUCCUGUGGUUUAUUCUCUCAGUAUGACCUCAAUUGGCCAAAAAGACACCAAACCAGCAAAGACGCAGGUGAGGGCCGUAGAAAGCCCUCAGGUGCUGUCCCUGUCGCUGCCUCAUUAUGUUGAUCCUGGAUCAGACUCGAACGCCCACGGUUACCACAGCUUGGGCCACUGUCUUCGCAACAACAUAUUUCCAGGUGCUCCUUUAACAUGGAGGUCCCUCACCAUGGACUCCUACAUCAGCCACCCUCUGACUGGUUGGCCUGCUGACCCCCAUCUCUGGUAUGGGCACAAGACAGAUGAACUGGUCCAGUGGACAGAGAGAAACAUCAUGAACCAGAAACUCAACAUGAAACUGACAGCGAUGGAAGAAAAAAAAAAGGGCACUGCAAAAUGAGGUCCAGCUUCCUACAAUGAGACCACAACAACACACACACACCGCCUUUGUAAUUCACACCUCAGGUUACCUUGGAAAUGCUAAAAAAAAGGUGUGACAUGCAGCAUUACAUGUUGUAACAUUGGUGUUAAGCAAUAAACAAACGAUAAAGAUAAGACAUGAAAUACCACUAAAAAGAUUAUUGGUUAGAUCAUGGCUGAUAAUGUCUUUGGUUUGGGAUAAACCAAACUGUAAUCAGUUAGGUGUCACAGAACAAUAGCGCCGCUCAUUUUUGUGCAUUUACAUGAUUAAAGAAACGAAAAUAAACUUGA